UUCCAAAACACCUUGGACAAAUAAUACGUUUAACAAGAACGUCAUCGAGGGAUUGAAUUAUUAAAAUUAUUCAUUAAAAAUAUUGUCUUUCAUAACAAUACUAGUUAUGUUUGUUUAUUAUUGCAAAUAAAAGCAUUUAGUUGAAAAUAAAUGAGAAGUAAAUGAUAUCAUAAGGAAGUUAUGUAAAUUGAGUCAUCGAUACUAUAAAUUGUAUCAGGAGUGGAAACGAGAGAACUAGUGUGACGUCAAGCGUCUAAUUAUUGGCUUUCGUUAAGAUUAUUUCGAAGUAAUCUUCAUACAAAUAUGCCGCGCAUAGUACCUUUGCAACUUCUCAAGUGCCUGAAGGUGCUUUUGGACGAUAAUGGAGGUAUCCUUAGCAUUGGAGAAGUAAAGCGGAUCGCGGGAUUAAUGAAUAGAUAUUCAAAAAAACUUGUAUCAAAAUGCAUUUAUGUACAAAUUUUAAAAGUAACUAAAACAGAACUACUUGGUGAAUUUAUGGGUGUUGGCGGCUGGUCAUUGGUAUAUAACUGGUUGAACGAUGCAAUACGGGCAAUGAACUGGCCACUUGUGCAGGAAAUUUUAGAGUUACUUUUACUUUGUCCAGUUGACGUGGAUCGAUUGAAGAUAAAUUCUGCACCAAAAUUGGUAAAAGGACUUUGCCGUGAUGGAGGCAAUGAAGGAGUACGUAUACUUGCAAAACGUUUGGUAGAGCAAUGGUUGAAGGUAGUGACAGAGAAUACCACAGCUUCUCAAGCAGAUAGUACAACAGAGCCCUCCGUUGUGGGUGGGACAACUCCUUCAAUUGUUUCUACAUCGCCUGCCAUUCAAACGACACCUGUCAACCGACAAGACAGCAAAAUACCACCAAACUCUAACAUACCAAUAAAAGUAAAGGGGCCUGCAGUUGCACAGCGGCAAUCUUCAAAUUCCGUAGAACAAGACCCACUUGCAGAUGUCACAGAUGUACCACCUGAGCCUUCAACUUAUGCACCAACACCUGCGCAGAAGAAAGCGAGUGAAGCCGGAUUGGUGUUCAAACUGAUUUACAAAGAUGGUCAACAAGUUUUGACAAAAGUACCAAAGACCAAUCAAGUGACUGCUUCUGUUGGAGAGGGAGAACCAAAUGAGCAAGGAAAUGUGAAUGAGGAUGAAUGUGAGAAAAUGGAUCAUGAUGCCGAAGUCGAAGCAAGCAUGAACGGCGACGCAGGAACUGAAGUUGGUUUAGAUGAUCAAGAAGAGGAAGACGAAAAUGAUAGAGGUGCGGAGUCUACAAUGAUAGAGGACGAGGAAGAUACCCGAACAUCAGUCGAUAAACAUGAAAAAGAUAGUGAAAGUAGUGCUGAUGAUGAAUCUCAAAUUACACCGGAUAAUAACAACUUGUCCACAGAGCAAUCUACUGCCAUACGAAAAAAAUCUAUAGAUACUGAAAGUGAAAAAUCUGUAAGUAAAGAACAUAGGAGCUCUAAAGAUUCCAGAGAUAGUAAAAACAAGGAUAAAGAAAAUAAAGGCGAUAAAGAUAGGAAAUCAUCGUCAUCCUCAAGCCACAAGUCAUCUAGCCACAAAUCGAAAAGUUCGUCUUCGAGCAAGUCAAAAUCUUCAUCAUCAUCCUCUUCACACCGCAGUUCAAGUGAUAAACAUCGAAGUGAUAGGGAUCGUUCAAGUUCAAGCAAAGACAAAGAUCGAAAAGAGGGAGGUAGUAGCAGUAGCAGCAGCUCAAGUAAACAUAGAUCAUCAUCAUCUUCAUCGUCAAAGUAUUCGUCCUCAACAAGUUCAAAAGAUAAACAUCGUGAUAAAGAUAAGGACAAAUCAGCUAAUACUUCUUCGUCGCAUAAGAAAGAAAAAGAACGUGAAAAAGAAACACAAAAUGAUAAGGACAAGGAAACUAGUUCCAAGUUGUCAUCGAUUACUGAAAAACUCGGUCGUAUCCCCAAAAAGCAUAAAGAUGAAUCCGAAACUGAUGUGACAAAACCGACUUCAAUAACUAUUCCUUCAAAGAAGGCCUCAAUGUCAAUCGAAAUUCGUCGUGAUUCUGAAAAGGCUAAAACUGUAAAAACUUACAAAUCCCAAUUUCGUUCACAUGGUCUCACUGAGGAAGCUCCACCACCACCCUCACGAAAAGGAUUAAAGAAACCGGCCUCUAGUGUUUCGGCACCCGGUACUGUCAUUCCAACCAGUUUGCCAUCAUCACUCAAACGGCCUUCACCACCACCAAGUAGCAGUGACUCGCCAACGCAAAAGAAAUCUAAAAUUGACAUCAACAAUCUGACAGUAGCGAAUGAGAAGCCUGGAGCUAUCAAACUUAUCGCUCCCAAGAAAAUUCAAACCCUUGUUGAGACAAAUCUUUUCUCAGAUGCGCUCUCAGCAGCGACGGGUCCUAAAAAGGUUACAAAGCGUAAACGAUCAACUACCCCCGGGCCCGGACAAAAUAAGGAAGGUCCAUCACCACCUACAAGUCCAGAUGCACCAAAGGUUGCGCCUUUAAAAUUCUAUCAAGACACAUUGGAUGAGACGAAGAGCGAUGACAAAUCCGAUAAGGAGAAUGAUAGCAAGGAUAAUAAUAACAAAUCUGAAGAUAUGGAUUCAGCCGAUAGGGGAAAUAGCACAGAAGACGAUGAUGAUAUACCCUUGAAGAAGGUUAAAGAGGAUAUAGAACAAAAGGUACUGCGAGAACAAAAGACUGCUGAUGAUGGUAGUGACACCGCUGUAAGCAAGACCGGCGGCUCCGUCGAUAUCACCGGUAGUGAUGGGGAAGAAGAUGCCGCUACAAAAAGUUCAGAAGAGGAGGCGCGCAAACCGCCUGGUCCUGGUUGUGGUCCCGACGGACCACCCGGUGUACUUAUGCUACACCGACGCAAAGGCCCCAAAAAGAAGUUAACUUGGCGUCCUCAAGAACAUCUAGAGCAAAUCCGUUACUUCGAACUGGACGAAACAGAGCGUGUAAAUGUGACUAAAGCGCAAUCGUUUAUGGAUAUGAAGAAUCUUGAACGUUUUAGUGAACGCGAUGCGAUUAAUAUCGCCAGACGUGGUUUCACACAUGAGGACAAUAUGAGACCAUUAACCGAAUGGAGACCACUGAUCGAAGUUGAUGGUGUGCCACCACAUCCAAAUGGCAAUCAAUCGAAACAGCGUAAGGUACAAGCCGAACGCGAGAUGACUACUUUGCGCGCACUAUACUUCUCCCAUAGCAUGAUCCCCGAUUCACCGGCAGAAGCAGAAUUAGAACCACAUUUCGCAGUGGACAUACCUGUUAUACCUUUGGAAGAUAUUACUGGCAAUCCGGAUGCGGUCAGCGAUUACACUAAUAUGCCUUGGCCAGAGCCAAAGACUUCACCUAAGUUAACGGAAAAUAAUCUUCCUAAUCUUGGCAAGAUGCCACCAGCGCAAUUAAACACAUUGCCGCCAAAUAAUCUGAAUACUUAUCCAGGUUUUAUGCCUCAAUAUCCUGGCGUACCAGCGAACAAUCUACUGGCAACGCAAAUGCCAAGGGCAGUACCUUUACCAGCCGCAGCAGCAGCGGCAGCACAUCCAGCGUGGCAAGCAGGAAAUUUCAAUGGUAAUUUGGGUGCCAUGGCUGGUGCACCACCAGUACAACAACAAAAUAUGAUGGGACCAUUCGGUCCUGGAGCUGGCAAUCCGCAAUGGCAAAUGCAUGCUGGUGGUCAGUAUGGUCCAGGACAAGGUCCCUUCAACAAUCCACCUAAUUUCGGACCGAUGGGUAUGAUGGGGCCGCGCGUUAUGCCAAAUAUGGGACCAGCAAAUAUGUUUGAUCGCAAUAAUAUGAAUAAUAAUCACCACAACAAUAACAACCAAAAUCGCAACAAUGGUGGCAGUUGGCGAACUGGCUCCAACUUCCAAGAUAACAAUGGCGGCGGUAAUUGGCGUUCAGGAGGUGGCGUUGGCGGUGGACCGAAUCGCGGUGGUGUUGGCGGUGGCAACUCUAACAACGGUGUGUGUAAGGCUUUCAUGCGUGGUCACUGUCGUUUGGGCAAAUCCUGCAAGUUUAUACACCCAAAGAGCAAACGUAUAUAGGAUUCGCCAGAAUCUUCUGAUGAAGAUUCAACAACGAUCUCAAAAAACAACUGUGAUAGUGGCGACAAGUCGAUGCACCAAAGAACUGUCUAAUCGAUCAAGAAAACGAUCGGAGAAGAAAAGAUUGCUGCGCGCCUUUGAACCACACCAAACGUUCUUAAGAGGCCACCGCAAGUCGUUGGCCACCAAAAAUGAUUUCCACAAUCCUGAACAUUGUCCAAUUUGCAUUAAAGAAUUCAGGCUGCCAUCGUCGUAAAGCAGAAUUCGAAAGAAGUUACAAGAAAAUAGGAAUAUAUACAUUUAAUUUCUAUGAAAUAAUUAUGUUUCUGUACAAAUCGUUAGGUUUUAAUUUUUUACUAAAAAUAAUAUGUUAUUAGUGAAUGAAAGAUGAUAAAUCGAAAAAGAUCAAGUCGUAGAUUUUCUACUAGCAUUUUAGAAUUAUGAAUCCUAUAAUAGGUCAUUGAAUACAUGUAUAAAUACAAAAUAAUAUGUUACAAAAGCAUUUGCAUUAAAAAACAAUCGUUAUUUACAUAUAUAAUAUAGAUUAUUAUUAUUUAAACACUUAUCUACAGAACCCUACAUUUAAACACUGUGCUUAUUAGUUUGUAAUUAAUUAUCAACUUCUUACGCAGAGCGUCAAGGACGUAUUCAACGAAUAUUAUAACAUAUAAUAUAUUUCAUUAAUUUUAUAUAAAUGUAUUAUUGCAUUAAUAGAUAACCAAAUGUAGAAUUUAUUGAAACUAGUAAAGCAUGCAUGUUGCAUAAUUUUGCACAUGUAUCAUGGUAAUUAAGGGUAGCUUAUUUAAUCUUAGGACACACAUACAUAUGUAUAUAAACAACAAACAAAUCCAUUAUAACUUUAUAAAAGAUACACACAAAUGAAAAGCAUUUCAAUGUUUGCAUAAAUAAGAAUAUUUGUAAAAAAAUGCAAUAAAAUUAAAUAAAAGAAUUUGCCAAUUAAA